UCGAGGUUCUGCGGCUAUCGAAUAAUUAAAUAAAAUAACGCCAAUGCUUAACAAAAGUUAAUUUAAACCAACUAAAAUAUAUACGUAACUAGAAUUGGAAAAUCCCUCUUAGCGUUGGAAUUCUGGGAAUCAAAAUACAAAGAGCGCUUACUAGUUUUACAAACAUAGUAAAGCCCCACGGCAAGAGCAGUCACAUGGACCCCUACCAGGAUGACCACCUUCAAGCCGCAGAAACAAGUACGCGACAUGCACACCUUCCCAACAUAUUCAUCAAAAGCGAGCCCUUUCUCGAAGAUCUGAGGGAGGUCUUGGACGAGCUGGGAGAAAUAUUGGAUGAGGAAUACGCCGAGAAGGAUCGGGAAGAGAAUCAGACUACGUCGAAAGCGGAUGAAAAGCUGGAUGAGUCGAAGCUAGAUGUGAACCCAGACGAGUUUGAUCUAGAUGAUAAACUUAGAGCCACGCCACCGCCGCCCUUUGUCUUACUAGCAGACGACUCCCUGUUGUUCACCAGAAGAUUAAAGACGUACUGCGAUACAUCCCCACUAAGCUUCAAUGAAUCCCCACAAGAAUCGGGAGAAAUUUCUUCCAGUGAGGCCGAAUUCAUUGAGGAAACCGUAUACCGGCACGAGGAACCCUUUCGAAGUAAAAAUUCCCCUUUAAGAGAAUGCCUGGAGCAUCACAAAAACAUAAUUAAAGAGAAUCCCGAACGCUGCUGGACCAGCAAGAAAGGAGCCUCCAGGGAAUCUAGCUUAACUAAAUCAAAAGGAUUUAAACCAGAUCGUACAAAUCGCCGCAGCAAAUCCAAAGAGUGCAGUCGCGUCCGAAGAACAAGUUUCUCGGUGUAUGGACCAACGAUUAGUCGUAGUUCAAGCCCGAAGUUUAGAACCGGGAGAACAAGCUCAUCCAGAAACUCUAUGAAGAAAAGCACUUCCAGCCCGCAAAGGCACCAAAGUCAAUCUGGAAACCACAAAAGGAGGAGGAACUCAAAAGAUGACCGGAUUAAGCGCCGCCGUAGCCCGUCGCCCAGGCGGAGUUGCAGAUCCAGAUCUCGAAGUUGGAGACGCAGGAGUCGUUCCCGAACCGCAAUAAACUCUUGUUCAGACAGAAGAUCAAAAGAAGAAAAUGGUUCAAGGCGCAGGCGUAGCAGUCCUUUCCGAUGUCGGCUUAGAUCUCCUUGCUCUCGACGGAAUUACCUUCGACGAUUGUCACCAGAACGCAAGCAUCGAAACCGGUCGAGGAGCAGAUCCAGGAACCCAGGGCGUCAUCGAUUAGAAAGCAAAGUGCGACUGCGGGAGCGUUCAAGGAGCAGAUCCAAACCAAUAAGAAAUCCCUUUCUGAAGCGUUCUAGAAGCAGAUCCAAAUCGCCCAAAGCCGUGCUGCGAGGCUGUUCGAGAAGUAUAUCAAAGCCCCGAUCGGAAAGUAAAGAUAGGCUAACCAAGGUACGCCAGCGAUCCAGAAGACUGUCUAACAGAUCAGGGAGCCGGGUUCGAGAGAAUUCCAUCAGUGGCUCCCAGCCUGCAAAAAGCCAGUCCGCAAUGCCACUCUUAAGCGAGCGAUUCGGGAAGUGCCAAGGAAGUCAGUCUGUGAAAAACUCGACCGUAAAGUCUCUGGAAGACAAGUCUAAGACUCCCAUCCCAAGUGCCCUUCCAGCUGAGGCGAUGGUUGCUCAGGUCCGCAUUCAGCAGUCGCCGAGCAGAACCUCCAAUAUUUCGCCAAUAAGGACGCGUCCCAUCUCCCCGUUGGUUACGCUCCACGACAACAGAAUAAGCCGACCACAGGAGUUGCGUGAGUGGUUUCUGCCCACGCCAAAUGCCCCCCAAAUGCUCUGUACCCAGAUGCACUUCGAACAAGUAAACUACACGCAGCACUACAACUUUCCGCAUGUACCGUGCGUCCCACAGCUCAAUCCCUUCGAUCUGCGCCGCCGUUUGGCCACGAAAAGAUCCGUCAUUUACCUGGGCCCCAACGAUUUGCGUCACCGAAUCCAGGAAGUGUUUCAACCGGAAAUCUACGCGCCCCCAAUCGAAUUCAGUGCCUACGCUGAGUGGUCCUCUGGUUUUCCGGGGCAGUACCAACACAGCGGUUAUUACUAAGGAGUUCACCAAAAAUCAUUUCAGUUUAUGUUUUAAAGUCUGUCUAUUAAAUACAUUUAAAGGUA